UAUUGAUAUACGGAAACCAUUUUGAAAAGGAAGGAGCUUCAUCUUCUUCACAGUGAAGAUAUACAACAGAUCUCAAUUUUUUUCUUUUCGACUCCAAAAAAUCAAACCUCUCAUCACCAUUAACAUACACGUACACACAUCACCCAUAUUUUUCCAUGGAUUAACACCAUACGCAUACACAUAAACAAAAUCAAGCACAUACUCGAAGAUCGACAACCCGCACAGUAAAGAGAAGCAAGUUAUGGAGGGUGUUUGACGGAAUUUCGGUUUUUCGGGUUCGAUUGGAUUUACAGAGCUUUCAGGUUUGACUGUCUUUGCGAUUCAUUUUCGAAAUCAGGUUUUGGAUCCCUCAGUUUUCAUUCCUAUUUUUGGGUUUAGCUUUUCGUCCAUCUCGACCAGUUUUUGGGUUUCAAAGUCCUUGAUAUCAAAGUUGGGAUUCAUCACUAUUGAGGUUCUGUUCCGAGUUCUGAAGUCCGGGCCUUCUUAAAUGUUAUUAUCCACGAAAUUGACUAUCGAAAGGAUGGAUUUGUCCACCAAGUCUAGAGUUCUGAUGGUUGUCAUGGUGCCCAAAAAGCUAAUCAAAUGGUGGGAAAUGUUUAACUAUGUUGAACAGCAGAAACUGGUUAAAAUAUUAGGUGAUCUUACAGAACUUCUGCAUGUUACCCCUCGUCCAGAUUUAAUAGAGGCUUUGUUGACCUUUUGGGAUCCAAGUAGUUUGGUGCUCAGGUUUGGGGAAUGUGAAAUGACUCCUACUUUGGCAGAAAUAUCCGGUUUGUUGCAUUUGCCCUAUAUCGAGAAGGAUAUGAUCCGAGCACGAAAUCAUACUGGCGUGAGACUUUUGCAGUCUUGUGGUUUAAAAAGUAAGGGUAUCCGUUUGGGUUGUUUAAGUGACUCGUGGGUUUCCUUAGAAUUUUUUUUCGCAAGAUUCGGGCCCUCGGAAGGUUUUGAUUGCUUUUGGGAUGAAUUUCAUGUGACUAAAGAGAAGUGGGAGAGAAAGCGUCUUGAAGUCUUCACCCUCGCUUUGUUAGGUACUUUAGUGUUUCUAUUAGAAGAAAGACGUAUUAAUACCCGUUUGCAAUCUGUGGUAAUGGCCCUAUUUCAUAAGGAUCAAAACGACAAAGGCAUUAAUCAAAAGGACAGGUUCACUCUCAUACCCGUGAUCUUAACAGAAAUAUAUAAGGCUUUAACCGAAGUGAAGGGGGGAAGGAGAUUUUUUUAGGGCAGUAACCUGAUAUUACAGUUAUGGAUGAUGGAGCAUUUACAUGCGCCUUCUUUAGUUAGAUCAGAUGUAUUAGAUCGUUGUAUUCCCAAUCGAGUGAAAGCAAUGGACUCCAGGUUGCGUUUGGAUAAAUUCUCGCUACCCGUGGGAUUCGAGGCUUGGAUUGAAUUUCUUGAAUCAAGAACCGGGGAUAACAUUUUGUGGACUUAUCUGUGGUUUCAACCAAAGAUAAUCUUGUUGGGUUGUCAGACGCAGCUCCCUUUAGUUAUGUUAGGGCUCAAUUGCACUAGACCAUACAGUCCUUCUAGGGUAAUGCGCCAGUUGGGUAGACUGUAGGACGUGCCACCAGCAAUGGAUCUUCUGAAGGAUGUUGAGUACUUCAAGGACCAAGCAUUAGGUGAGAGCAAGUAUGAGUAGUUGUGGAAGCAUGCAACAAAGCUGGGUGUGGACACACUCAAAGAAAGUUUGGAUAAUCCGGGGUACACUCAGUGAUAUGAGGUCUGGCUUCAAUCUAUCCCUCGGGGUAUCAGUCAACCCUUACCAGCGCAGCUUAGAGAGAGAAUACACGAAGAAUGCAUAGUAGACGAUCAUCAGGAUGAAAGUGUAGGGUCCAAAGUGGAAACACUGAGGGUUCAGCUAGCAGAUUUGUUCAAUACAGUAGAAAGGUGUCAGAAUAAUCUUUCUAAGUGCACUCCUCAUGAAGCAGGAAUACGGGCCCAAAUCUUCUUCCCCGGUAUCAGGGUGUCUUUACAGGAUAUGCUACAAAGCUUAAAUGGGAGAAAGAGAACUUCAGAGGCAGGUCCAUAUCAGCCAGGCUUAUCACGCAGAGCACUAGUCUGAAAGAGCAUUUCUUAUCUUUAUUCAGUUUGAGUCUUUUAUAUGUCUGUCAUUGUAGGGUGGUGUCUGCUUUAAGUCAAAGUCAAGUUGUUUUUGGUAUUAGAGUCUUUAUUAGUAAUUUCACCUAUGUCAUAUUAGGGGUCUAUAAUGUUGUUUCGUAUUUGUUGUUUAGUUUUAAAGUGGCCCCAAACUUCUAUACAUUUUUGUUGUUUUAUUUCUUCAAAA